UCGAUACUGUAUACAACAAUCUACACACCUAGUUUUGCCUUGUACCGCGCAACACAUAAUUCUCGAUUAUUUCUACUCGUUUAACUUGUCGGUGGUGACAGUGCUCAUCGAAAAAAUGUCCGUUGUUGAGCAGUCGACUGCCAGUCAAGAGAUCAUUGUGCCGGCGAAUUUGCCACUUAUUUUAAAGCAGUUCUGUAAGGCGGCCAUUCGAACACAGCCGUAUGAUUUGUUAAAGUGGUCGAGUUCGUAUUUUCGAGCUUUAGCGGAUGGUGAGGAACCUCCAACAAAAUUGAGGCUGGAGUACCCGCCGCCGAGCACUGCUUCCGGUUUGACACUCGGUUUUCUUCGAAUUUUACUCCGACAGUUCGGAGAUUACAAUAAAUCGUUGCCUGUUGAAACGAUUCUACGACGAUGGGAUUGUCUUUGUCUGGACAGACGGGAUUUGAACAUGAUCAUGAUGAUUGGGAAGUUUCGACGAAGGUGUCAGGUGAAAAAGUUUCUGGCUAUAGCCGUAGGUCUGUUGGGGAACAGUUUGUUCGAGACGAUGAUCAUGAUUUGUGAAUUAUUCACACAUGAGCCUGAAGGUGGAUCAGCCAUGGUUCCUGUUACGUUGUUCAUGGAAAUUUACGGAUAUUUAGCAGGGCUUCGAUGCGAUGGCAGUGAAAGAGGUUCCUCAGACAAUGAUUCGACAGAAUUUAUCAUAUUUAGUGAAUCGAAUGGUUCUGGAUCAUUAGCGGGCCAAGAUCCCAGCGAAGAUAAACUUUUCGUGGAUCAAAUUUGCUCUAUCGCAAGCCAAGACACCGAAGCAGACGUCAAUCUGGAUUUGGAGUUGGUAUCGAAGGAAGACGUCGAUUCUUCUAGAAGCGACAUAACACCGAAUUUAAGUGGGAGUUCUACUGGCAAUAGAAAAAUGACCAGUGAUAAGGUAGAACAAGAAUCGUCUAGCGAGGGGACAUUAAAAGUAGAAUGCAAUAAUGAGACUUCCGGCGUGGAUGCUGAAUCCAAUAAGAGGUUCGAAUCAAAUAAAGAAAAGAAAUUGAUUAAAAGUGAUAAUACAUCUGACAAAGGAACAACAGGCAGCAAUGCUGCAGAAGAAAAUGCAAGUAAAAAUCGUAGAAUUACGAGUGCCGAUGAAAAAAGAAGGAAAAAGAAGGUGUUAGAACCAAAGCUUCUCAAACAUUAUCCAAACGUUCCUGGUAUUGGACCUCGUCUUUCAGCUGAGGAGGUAGCUAGUGUUGCAAUAUGGAUGAGUGAGUGUGCAAGAGUACAGGAAGGUAUGGUUGGCCCGCGAAAUCUUCGGCAUAUGAACUGCCCUCCUUUAGACAGACAACAAAGUUCAAGCUCAUGAUAGGGUUCAUAAUUUUUCAAGUUGUUUCACAAACUAUGCAACAAAUAUAUAUUAUCUGUAGAAAC